AUGUCGGAGGGUCUGCUGCAGGUGGAGAUCCCGGACUUCGGCAGCAGCGUGCUGGGCAGCCUGAAUGAGCAGCGACUGCAGGGACAGUACUGUGACGUCUCCAUCCUGGUGCAGGGUCAGGCCUUCAAGGCGCAUCGGGCCGUCCUCGCCGCCUCCUCACUCUACUUCAGAGACCUGUUCAGCUCUGCGGCUGAGUCCUCUUCCUCUUCCUCCUCCUCUUCCUCCUCCCAGGCAGUGUUCGAGCUGCCUUCCUCUGUGACACCGACGUGUUUCCAGCAGAUUCUGUCGUUCUGCUACACGGGACGUCUCAGCAUGGCUGCCAGUGAGCAGCUGGUCCUCAUGUACACCGCUGGGUACCUGCAGAUCCAGAACAUCGUGGAGCGAGGCAUGGAGCUGAUGAUGAUGAAGGCCUCCUCCUCCUCCUCCCCUCUCUGCUGUGACUCACAGACGACCUCAGCAGAUGAGCUCGGGGGCUACGACACCUCAAUGGUCCAGCAGCAGCAGCACGGCGCCCCCCAGCUGCAGGGGGCCAGUCCAGACCAGCCGUCCCUGAGCCCCGAGGAGCUGCUGCUGGCUGUCAGCCGGAUCAAACAGGAGCGAGCCGACACGCCUCCUGCUGAGGAGAACGGAGGAGGAGACGAGGCCAGAGUGGACAUUUCGGGGGAGCUCCAGACCUCCAGGGGCAGUGCUCUAUGUUACCUGAGUGCAGGCGGAGGUUUGGUUCCAGGGCUGCAGUCCUACCUGUUGGCAGGCGGGGGGCGCUCUAGUCCAGGAGGGUCCAGCCUCCCUACAGACUCUCCUCCAUCCCACCCGGCCACCGAGGAGGAGCUGGAGGAGGAUUACUAUGGCAACACAGUCCACCAGGGAAUAUACCAACAUAUCUACGGACACCCCGGUAACCACUACAUCCAAGAGAAGAUGGAGAUGCUGCCCCUCCCAUUGGCUAAUGAACGUCGGCCCUGCGUGCUGGUUGGUCGAGACAACAUGGCCCUACCUGCCAGUCUGAUCAGUCAGAUCGGGUAUCGCUGUCACCCGUCCCUCUACACCGAGGGAGACCCGGGAGAGAAGGUGGAGCUAGUGGCAGGUUCAGGUGUGUUCAUGACGCGAGGUCAGCUGAUGAACUGUCACCUUUGUGCUGGAGUCAAACACAAGGUGCUGCUCAGGAGGCUGCUGGCCACGUUCUUCGACAGAAACACUCUGGCCAAUAGCUGUGGGACGGGGAUCCGCUCCUCCACCAAUGAUCCGAGCCGAAAGCCGCUGGACAACCGAGUGUUAAACACAGUGAAAUUGUACUGUCAGAACUUUGCUCCUAACUUUAAGGAGAGUGAGAUGAACGUCAUUGCGGCCGACAUGUGCACCAACGCUCGGAGAGUUCGUAAACGUUGGCUCCCAAAGAUCCAGUCGCUCCUCCCCGACAGCCUCCCCGCCUCCUCCCACCCCCGCAAGGGCAAGAGAGGAGGAGGAGGAGGAGGAGGAGGAGGUCAGGGUGGUGGAGGAGGAGGAGGUCAGGGAGGAGAAGGAGCGGUGCAGUCCAGCGGGAGCCCCUUCGAGCUGGACCUGCGGCAGCUCAGCGCCUCCUACCUGGGCCUGGAGGCGCCGCUGUACGCCGAGCGGAGGGAGCGCGAGAGGGAGGCGGCGGCGGAGCGCGAGAGAGAGAAGGAGGCGCCGGCCGCCCUCCUGCCUCACCUGCAGUUCGCCGGGUCCCGCGGGGGAGGAGGAGGAGGCGGGCAGGUGGAGGAGGCGCUGAUGGAAGGCGAGGCGGACGGAGGAGGGAGGCUACAGACUGAGCAACCCCCAGACCUCCCACUGUCCCUGUCCUCCUCCUCUUCUGCCUCCUCUUCUGCCUCCUCCUCCUCAUCCUCACACCCAUCCCCCCAGCCUGCAGAGCCCGCCCCCGCUCACAGGGGAUUGGCCGACACGGAUGAGAGGGGCGAACCUCUGGAAGACAGCCAAUAA